GGAAGUUGUCUUCAGUUCCGGUUUGCGUCAUAGAAAAAUAUAAACAAAGUUGGCGGUAAAGAUGGCGCCGGUAGAAAACGAACCCCUGCCCAGCGAUGAAUCAAACAAAGAUUACAGAGUACAAGUGACGUCGAAGAAAACAGUAAUGGAGCAGAUUAAAAAGUAUAAAGACGUUUUGAAGACAGCGCUCGACAAACAGCCGGAAGUUGCAGAGGAGACGAAGCGAGUUUUACUGCAGGAGUUGCUGGCGAACUUUGAGGCAGCUGUCCAGGACAACGUGUUGGUUAAUGGACGACCGUGGGAGGAGGCAGCUGAUGAUGAAGAGGACGUUGAUCUGGACAGCCUGCUGGACGACACCAUUGUCGAGACCACCAGGAGGCGCCGUGCCUACCCCAAAAAGAUCCUGCCCCAUGUGGUCCACUCCCUCAAAGCCGAGCGUAAAAUCAUGGGGAUGUAUGAGCAGGCAGUCAAACCUCAAGAGGUGCUCAGAGAUCCAGAUCAAGAGAGCAUCAUGAAUGAUUUGUCAGCAGCAGCUCCUGGGAUGGUGAAACAGGCCAUCCAGGUCAUAAAGUCUAUCAACACUCUGCAGAAACAAGCUGAAGGCCUCUGUGAGAUCCUCAACAUGAAAUCCAGUCCGGCCACUCUGGAGAUCCACAGAGAAGUGUUUGGGUCCAACGGCCAAUCAGAAGCUCUCCUGCCUCCUGUGAACGGAGCUUCGAGGAACCGGCAGCCAAUCAAGAGAGCCGUAGAGGAAGCAGCAGCCGCUAAUGGCUACGUGCCUCUCAGUAAGAAACCUGUGGGAGAGGACGAGCCAGAGUGACACUUCCUGUCAAUGCAGAACAGUGGAGAUGAUGAGACGUCAUGGACUGAUGUGUGUUUUAUUUCUGCACGGUUGUGUUUCAAAAAAAGAAAGUGGAUAAAAAUGAGUUUUUUUUUUUUUCAUUUUAAACGUAGGGAAAGAUUUUUCUAACAUGUAUAGUAAAGCUUACUUGUAGCACUAUUUAUCCAUCCUGAUUGUUUUGUUGUGAGCUUUUAAAGUCAUUUCGGUGCUCACGGCGCCACAUAAAUGUCUCUUUCCCAGAAGUCUCGAGCCAGUUACUCAAGACAAUCCACAGACCUUGUUAAGAGCAGUUUCAUAAAGGUUCAUGUUUGUCAUUUCAUGGUCACUUUAAGAACCUGUAAAGACAUGUAUCCACAGUAUGAUGGGGUUUUUUUUUCUGUCUGUCCUGGCCCUUUUCAAAAGAUAAUGCAAUAUUCUUCCCAUCAACAACAAAUUCUAUAAAAUAAACAAAAGAAACGA